AUAGGUUCAAACAACGAUUCCAAAUGAAUGUGACCGGCGUUAGAAUUUGUUUAAUUUAUCUGGUGUAAUAGUUCUUACUUUUGACGUCGUGUUCCCCCUUUUUUUAAUUUUUUUAGAAAGAACUUGUUCCAUUUAUGUUGUUCGCAUCGGGCGCCCUUUCCCGAUAACCUAGUGCAGGUCGCCGCUUUCCACUCCUACAGCAGUAUUUGUCAGGCGUUUCCAAAGACAGCCCUUAGGUCUUGCAGCAGGGUCUUAAUUAGAAUGAUGUGUCGGAGAGCUACUAAACGAAAGUUGUUGCCAAGCAUUUGUAUAGUUUGGAGAAUGAGUAGAUGUUUGCUUUAGCGCGUAGAAAAGAGACAUGCUUUACAUUUAUCCUGCUCAAACAUACCUCUCGCAGUUUCCUGUGCCAAUCCUUACAUGAAAUACAAGCGACUUGGUUCGCGGCACCGUUAAAAAAAAGAGUGUGGGAAUGCAGCAGCCCAGCAACAAUCCCACCACCAGGGAGAAGGUUAAAGAAUGCCUGAGGACAGACCUCCUGGCUGCUGAUCUCCGGUGCAGUCUCUUUGUAGCCGCUGUAGAAAGCUAUAAACGGGACUCUGUUCUCAGACCUUUCCCACCCACCUAUAUUAAUGGAGAAAACAAAGAGUUUGAUGCUUUGCUGGCAGAUGUAAAGUCUCUGCCGAGUGUUAGAGACGUGCUGCAGUCUGGUCCUGGGGGAGACAAGGCUUUGCUGGACCUCCUCCACUGGGUUUUAUCAUCAAAGAACCAAACUCUUAAGAGUCUACUGAAAGAAGAGUAUGUGAAAAUCCAGGAGUUGACAGGAUUUAACUGGGGUUCCGUCCCGCCUCCUGACUUCCUGUUCGAAAUUGUCUACUGUGACCAAAUGAAUGCCAAAUUCGAGGAGACAAAGGGGGAGAGGGACCUUUUUUAUGCAUUUCACGGGAGCCGUCUUGAAAACUUUCAUUCAAUAGUCCACAAUGGUUUGCAUUGUCAUUUGAACAAGACUUCGUUAUUUGGCGAAGGUACCUAUCUCACUAGCGAUCUGAGCUUGGCUCUGCUGUACAGCCCCCAUGGGAGUGGAUGGCAGAAGUGCAUUCUGGGACCAUUGCUCAGCUGUGUGGCUGUAUGUGAAAUUAUUGACCACCCAGAUGUAAAAUGUCAGUUGAAAAAUAAAGAUUCAGACAGCAUUGACAGGCGGAGAGCCAGAGUGAGGAACAGUGAAGGCGGAGAUGUUCCGCAGAAAUACUUUGUCGUCACCAACAAUCAGCUCCUCCGAGUCAAAUAUCUCCUGGUCUACUCUGAAAAACAGCACAGGAGAAGACACACAAGGCAGAUGUCCUGGCUGUCCAAGCACUAUUUUGCUAUCCUGAUGUCCCUGUAUUUAUUGCUGCUAAUCGUCAUUGGGGCUUGUAAUUCACCAGCAUUCCAGUCCUUCUGGAACAGACUAUUUGAUAAAAGAAAAUGAGGCUGUCGUGCCCACCGGCUCCUGCCUAGUGCCUUAAUAUAAACUGCAAUACAGCCUCUGGAAAAGUGCUAUGCAGUACUGUACGUAACCAAGGUCACAUGACUUUUCGCACCUUUUUUUUUAGUGCACAAUAUCUUUAUAUGCGGACCUUGAACAUGUAGAGUAAGGUAUUUCACUUUUCAAACAUUUAGAGUUUUAAUGCAAUAAAUAUGUAUCUGUAGUUCGGUUCUGUAUCUGUUGAUUUAUACUAACUGGGAACUGAAGCUUUAUCUUUUGUUCUUGACAAGAGAAUGUAUUUUGUAUUCAAGGCUCAAAUUAUUUUCUGUAUUUGCAUGUUUAGAAGUGCUAUAUUAAACUAUUUUUAUGGUGUGACCAUCCAUAGCAGGGAAGCACUGUGUUGAGCUAUAAUAUGUUGCCUUCACUAUGCUAAAAUGAAUCCUAAAGACAUGGAAUAAAUAAUGUGGGACUUCAUUGGUAUUUCUCUCGUAGACACAGACUAAAACGUACAAAGCAAGAUGGUUACGUGAUCAUCAGGAUUUCUUUGAUAAUUACAUUUCAAACAGUUUCAUGUGAUGGUUUUAAUAACAACAAUAAUACAUAUUUUAUAAAGUUAUCAACCUGUGACAGAUUCACUAGAUAAAGAUUUGAAAUACUCUUUUCAAAGAUCGUUUUAAUCACUAAACCCUGUGAAGCGGUGCAGAGAAUGAUAUAAAAAUGACUGCCAGCAGGGGUCAGCAUUGCAUAGCUGUUUUUCCUGGACUUUUAAGUUGUAUAAAAAAAAUAAGAAAAUGAGUGUUGACAUCGGCUCUUAUUUCUUCAUUAUUUAAAGUUUCUUUCUUUGAGGACAAUGUGGUGUUGCCAAAGCUUAGUAUACCUCGUCCGUGAGUGUCCAGUGAAAUUUUAUUUUUGUUUCAUUCUUCUUUGUAGAGUAUCUUUGGAAGAAUUUCAUGGAUCCAUUUCCUGCAAAGAUGGCUUUCUUAGUCCAGUAAUUCCAAAUGCAUGAUCCUUCAUAUAAUUGUGCAAUUACAGGACAGAACACAGAUGCAUAUAAAUUAGAACUUCCAUUUCAUUAAUUAGACAAACUGCAUGAUAUGUAAAUCCCCAGUUAUUUGUUUUCAUUUUGGUAACACUGGACACCACGCAAUCUGUAUCUUCAUAAGACUAGAAUACGAACAGGAAUUUGGAGGGUCAUUGUGUAAUGGGGAGAAUUAUUUUUUUACUACAUAGCCCCUAUAGUUUAAAAAGCAACAUAUAGACGUGUAUUCAUAAAGCACUAGCAAGCUGGUAAAUGCAUUUCAUGAAGACUUCCACAGUGUCUGUUUCUUGACAGAAUUAUUGUGAUUCUGCACUGUUAUAAUUUAACAACACAAAUAAUGACACGGUAGUAUACUGUGCAGUAAAUGUUACAACACAGGUGUUAUAUAAAACUAGAGUGUAAUAAAUUUGAUUUAUUAACCCAG